UUGUGUUAUCAGUGUUCUGUUAUGGCCAAUGUAGUGUGUAGUGUGCCUCCGUUUCCAUGACAACGAGUAAACACGGAAUGUAUAGAUUGUUGCAUACCUUCAGCGAUAUUCAGAGUGGCGUUUUGAAACCCGCUUUUCCGUACAGAAGGGGAUGUUUCAUCAUUGAAAAACCAUUUGCGUCUUGCUUUUAAUUAUACUUCAGUUUCUAAUUAUUAUCAAAAUGCAGCUCAAACAUUUGAAAACGAUAAUGCAAGCAGAGGAUGGAAUGGCAAAAAUUGCAGCCAUAGCAUGGGCUCCGAAUAAUGUCAGAUUGGCAGUUUCUACAUAUGAUCGUAUAAUUCAUCUGUUCGAUGAAAUGGGUGAAAAGAAGGACAAGUUUUCAACCAAACCUGUGGACUCAAAGUAUGGGAAGAAAAGCUAUGUUAUAAAAGGUUUGGCAUUUUCACCAGAUUCCACAAAGAUAGCAGUUGGGCAAACAGACAAUAUCAUAUUUGUAUAUAAAAUAGGAGAAGUAUGGGGUGAGAAGAAGGUGAUAUGUAAUAAAUUCCCUCAGCAGUCAGCUGUGACUUGUUUGAUAUGGCUCAGUGAAGGUCGCAUAAUCUUUGGUCAGGCAGACGGAAAAGUACGUUCAGCUAAUCACAAAAGCAACAAAUCACAGACCUUAUAUGCUACGGAUUCAUAUGUUGUAUCUCUUGCCUCCAACCCUCGAGGAACAGGCUUUUUAUCAGGACAUGAAGAUGGCACCAUUGUACGAUACUAUGUGGUUGAAGAUUCAAGUAUGGAAGAACAGGGACGAGUGACUGUUCAUUCAGCCCCGCCAUAUGCAUUGGCAUGGCCCAUGGGACACAUACUGGCUGCAGGGUCUGACAGACGUGUUGUGCUGUACAGCCGAGAGGGACGUGUGGUGAGACAAUUUGAUUAUAGCCGAGAUGACACAGAAAAGGAAUUCACGGUAGCUUGCUGUAGCCCAAGUGGGCAGGCAGUGGCUGUUGGCAGCUUUGACAGGUUACGGGUGUUCAGUUGGAGUCCCCGGAAGUCUUCAUGGGAGGAGAACCAGCCCAAGGAGAUCCCAAAUCUGUAUACUAUUACAGCACUAAGCUGGAAGCGAGAUGGAUCACGGGUUACAUGUGGAGCUCUCUGUGGAGCUGUUGAAAUGUUUGAGUCAGUGCUGAAGCGCACACUAUGGAAGAACAAAUUUGAAAUGACAUAUGUUGGACCAAGCCAGGUACUUGUAAAACCAUUAGAUCCUGGAUCACGUGGUGUUAUUCUCAAAUCACAUUAUGGUUACGAGAUUGAUGAUGUGCGCAUCAUGGGCCGGGACAACUAUCUUGUUGCUCGUACUUCAGAAACUAUCCUUCUGGGGGACUUACAGCGUAACUUACUCAGUGAAGUGCUCUGGAACAGCUCUGGGCGAAAUGAAAAGUUCUACUUUGACAAUCCAGCUGUAUGUCUUAUCUUCAAUGCGGGUGAACUCAGUCUGGUUGUGUAUGGUGAGAACGACAUUCUAGGAUCCGUUAGGACAGAAUUCAUGAACCCACACCAAAUCAGUGUGCGCUUAAACGAAAGACGCCUGAACACCGCUGAAGAUAACAAGAAAUUGGCAUAUUUGCUCGAUCUCAAGACCAUUUGUAUAGUGGACCUAGUAUAUGGGACAACUAUAUCGCAGGUGACACACGAUUCGAAGAUUGAUUGGUUGGAGCUUAACGAGACCGGACACAAGUUGCUGUUUCGUGACAAGAAGAUGCGCCUCACAUUAGUUGACAUCUUGAGAGACCAGAAGAGUUCAAUUUUAAAUUUCUGCACAUUUGUACAGUGGGUGCCUGGUAGUGAUGUGGUUGUUGCACAGUCACGGAGCAAUCUGUGUGUGUGGUACAACAUUGACGUUCCAGAACAAGUCACUUUGUUCAACAUCAAGGGAGAAAUAGUGGAUGUUGUAAGAGCAGAUGGAAAAACAGAGGUAGUUGUUCAAGAGGGCCAGCAUCAGCUGGGAUAUGAGUUGGACGAGGGCCUUGUUGAAUUCGGUACUGCAGUCCAUGAUAACGAUUUUGGUCGAGCCAUCAUGUUCCUGGAGUCCCUAGGAAACAAGCCUGAAGCUGAGGCAAUGUGGAGCAAUCUUGCCAGCAUUGCUAUUGAUAUGAAUAAGUUGCAGGUGGCUGAGCGAUGUUACGCUGCUCUGGGAGAUGUUGCUCGAACACAUUAUCUACGAGAAACUAUAAAGCUAGCAGAUGAAUAUGCAAAAUCAAAUGAUGGCAAUGGGAUGGCUUGUCCUGAAGUAUGGGCCCGUUUGGCGAUCCUCAACAAGAGACUGAAAGAAGCAGAGACCAUCUAUUUGGAACAGAAUCAACUGGACGAGGCCCUCAGCAUGUACCAGCGCUUCCACAAAUGGGAUGAAGCUUUAGAACUGGCUGAGCUGAAGAGUCACCCCAAAUAUGAAGAACUUCGUGAGAAACAUAUGAAGUGGCUGCUGGAGACCAGGCAGGAAGAGAGGGCUGGUGAGCUUAAGGAAAAGGAUGGUGACUACAAUGCAGCACUUAGUUUGUAUCUCAAAGCUAGCCUCCCCACAAGGGCUUCUAGAUUGAUCCAGAACAAUCCUGAAAUGCUGCAUAAUGAUGAACUUGUUGCUAAAGUUGCAUCGGCUCUACUGCGCAGCGAGUUAUUCGAACAGGCGGGAGAACUGUAUGAGAAAGUGAACCAGACUGAAAAGGCAUUUGACUGCUACAGAAAGGCCAAGGCAUUUGCAAGAGCCAUAGAACUCGCUCGGUUUGUUUCUCCAUCAGAGGUUGUACAUCUUGAGGAGCAGUGGGGAGACCAUCUGAUAGCCAAUAAGCAGCUAGACAGCUCUAUCAGUCAUUACAUUGAGUCUGGUAAGACUCUGAAGGCACUAGAAGCAGCCAUGGGGGCGAGGCAAUGGAAGAAAUCUGUUCAGAUCAUCCAGGUGUUUGAUGAUCCCCAAACUGUUUCCAAAUACUAUGCUCAACUUGGACAGCAUUUUGCUUCUAACCAAGAAUAUUCAACAGCUGAGAAUUUGUACAUCAAAGCAGGAAUGUAUAAGGAAGCCAUCGAUAUGUACAAUCAAGCAGGUGAGUGGGAUAAAGCCUAUAAACUGGCAAGCCAGUAUUUGGGGUCCAGUGAGGUGUCCGCAAUGUACGUCUCUCAUGCCAAAAAUCUGGAGGAGCAGGGGAAGCUCCGAGAAGCUGAAAAAUUAUAUCUCUUAGUAUCCGAACCUGACAUGGCCAUAUCAAUGUACAAAAAACACCACCAGUAUGAGCAGAUGAUACGCUUGGUAGGUCAGCACCAUCCUGAAUUGGUGCAGACAACACAUGUGCAUCUUGCACAAGAAAUGGAGGCAGAUAACAAUUGGAAGGGUGCAGAACAACAUUACCUCAGUGCUGGAGACUGGAAAGGGGCUGUCAGCAUGUACCGAGCCUCCAACAUGUGGGAGGAUGCUUACAGGGUUGCCAAGAACAGUGGAGGGCAGCAGGCCAGCCAGCAAGUUGCAUUCCUGUGGGCUAAAUCCUUAGGAGGUGAUUCAGCUGUUAAGCUCCUUACUAAGUUCAAUCUUCUGGAAAUCUCUAUUGAUUAUGCUUGCGAAAUUUAUCAGUUUGAGUUUGCAUUUGAUUUGGCACGCACUGCCAUGAAGUCAAAAGUGCCAGAUAUCCACUACAAAUGUGCCAUGGCACUGGAAGAUGAUGGAAAAUUUGACGAGGCCGAAAAGGAAUUUGUAAAGGCUGGUAAACCCAGGGAGGCCGUUCUCAUGUAUAUUCACAACCAAGACUGGAAGAACGCACAGCGGGUGGCAGAGGAACAUGACCCUGACUCAGUUACAGAGGUCUUACUUGGUCAGGCAAAAGAUGUGUUCAACUCUAAGAAUUACUCAGAUUUUGAGUCCUUGAUGCUGCGGGCUCAGAGACCUGAUCUGAUCAUCAAACAGUACCAGGAUGCAGGAAUGUGGGUGGAUGCGCUUAGGGUGUGUCGUGAGUACCUGCCCAGUCGGCUGCCAGCACUGCAAGCUGAAUAUGACCGUGAGAUUGGAUCAAAGGGUUCCAAGGAUGCUGAUAGUCUGCUGGCUCAGGCCAGAGAAUGGGAACAGAGUGGAGAGUAUAAAACAGCAGUUGACUGCCUUCUAAAGGUAAACACAAGUGCCACCAAAGACCGAAGUGUCGUUAUCAAAGCCUGGACUAAGGCAGUUGAACUGACAACAAAAUACUUUGAAGGCCAGCAGGCUGUGGAAGUGGCCAAAGUGUUAGGACCACGUUUAUUGAGCAUACAGCAGAACAACCUGGCCGCUCAAUUGUACCUAGGAGUAGAUAUGAUUAAAGAGGCUAUUGACACAUUCAUCCACUCCGAGGAGUGGAACAAGGCUAAAAGAGUGGCAAAGGAGCUAGAACCAAGUUAUGAAGACUAUGUUGAUGACCGAUACAAGGACUGGUUGAGGAGGCAAGGCCGAGCUGAACAGUUGGCAGAUGUGGAUAUUAUCGGAGCUCUGGAUCUUCUGGCAGAGCAGGGUCAGUGGGUCAAAUGCCUGGAAACAGCUAAACAGAAUGGGCCUCAGGUGCUUCAUAAAUAUGUAGCAUUACAAGCCACGCAACUUAUCAGGGAUGGUCGUGUGCUGGAGGCUUUGGCACUGUAUACAAAGUAUGACACACCUGCAUAUCCUCAGAACUAUAACAUCUACAAGCGCAUUGCUGUGGACUUAUUCAAUAUGUCUGGCCUAAACAGGCCUGAAGCGUACAGCAGCUGGUCACAACUUCGGAACAUGUUGCUGAGUCUGACAGAAGCAAUGAAGACUUCGUCUGAUGCUGGUAGUGCUAUACAUGAUGAGUUUGACACUCUGUUGGUGAUUAGUCACUAUCAUGCAACCCGAACUGCCUGCAGGGAAGUUAAGACACUGGAUCACCUGGUGGCCAAACUGUCCACCUCUCUGCUCAGGCACACAGAUAUUAUCCCCGCAGAUAAAGCAUUUUAUGAAGCUGGUGUUGACUGCAGAGCUGUUGGACAGGAGAGUGAAGCAUUUGUAUUCCUGAACCACUACCUAGACCUGUGUGAAGCAAUUGAGGAAGGAAAUGUAGACUUGCUUGAUUAUAGUGACUUUACAAACACUGAUUUUCCCAUGGAAAUUCCAUUGCCAGCAUCCCUCCAUCUCUCACCUCAGGAACAUGAGGAGGUGAAAGAAUGGGUGCUAGCCAUUUCCAUGGACCAGAAGGUUGAUCAGGUUCUACCACUGGAUGAACGUGGUCUGACACCCUCAGCUCUGACUUCACCCAACAGAUCAGGCCCUCCUGCCAUAGCAUGUGUCGUUUCUGGUUUCCCUGUGCAAUCUCACAGGGGACGUAACCCUGUUGAGUUCAAACGCCCAGGGAAGCAGGCCAACAGAGAUGACUGGAACAAGCUCAUGAUGGCAGCUAAGAUGGCCCCUGAAAGCCACAUACCUGAUGUCCUCACAUUCAUUGGAGAAUGGUGUGGAGGAGCUCCUAGCUUCUCAUUUCAGUGAAUAAUGUGCUUAUUUAGUAUUACUUAUUUCCAGAUUUUAUCUAGUGUCUCAUAUUCUGAAACAAAACACAUUUCCCAUCCUCAGGUGAAGAGCACCUACUAAGGUGGGUCCAUCUCUUAGAUCAAUGGAGGUCCAGUGAUCGAAAGUAGUUGAGUAAGUACUCCUCACCUGAGGAUGGGAGCAGAUAUACCUCCCGAAUAUUGUGUUCUGUUUUAGAAUAUUGGAUGACAAGUAAAGUUCAGAACAUUUGUGCUUAGUGUAAUACACUACCAACAGAACCAUUUCAAAUAGAUGCCUGUUAUGAUAAUAAAAAAAAGUAAAGCUAUCCCUGUAACAGGCUGUGAAGGCCCAUACGGUUGUCAGAUGUUGAGGGU